AUGUGCUGUUUUUCCAGUCUGCAGGAUCCAGAGGAGGCCCGGGACCAGUUUCAUCUGGCCAGACUUAACUGCAAGAAGUUUGCUUUUGUGCACGUGGCUUUUGCACAGUUUGAGCUGGCACAAGGAAAUAUGAAGAAGUGUAAGCAGCUCCUUCAGAAAGCUCUGGAGUGCUCUGCUGUUCCACUAGAAAUGUUGGAAACUGCUCUGCAAAACUUUCAUUCACAAAAAAAGCAGUUGCUUUCAGACGAAGAGAAGGAGAACUUUGCAGUACCAAGUACACAAGAGUUUGGACUUCAGAGCAUAGUUGGAAAUCACAGAAGCAUAAAAAGGAAUGAAUCUGGUGAAAACUCUUCUACUAUUAGCAGACCUUUGCUUGGGGAGGAGAAACCACAGGAAUUCGAUGCCCUAUUAAAUUGCCACAAUCCAUUAAGACCACUAAACAAAUCUAACCAGGCCUGUCCUUUUGGGAGGGUUCCUGUGAAACUAGUCACUGAUGAUGAUGAUGUGAAGAUCACAGAUGUUCCUCUUACAGCCAGUGUUAGGAGGAGGCAAAUAUCCAGCUCCAAAUGUACAGCCUUCAUUCCACCUUUUCCGCUUUCAGAACCAAAAUCUAGUGGGGGUGAUUCAUACAACUUGGGAGACUUACAGAUGUUGGAUGAGAACAGCUUAGAAAAGGCUACCGAUUCCACUGUAACUCUCAAACCCAAAAUGGAUACGAGUUUGGUGCUGAAAAGAGAAGAAAAUAAAGUCCAGCAUCAGGAGCUGAGGAUACCAGAGCUGAGGAGCCAGGAAAGUCAACAGCAACAAUUUAGUGCUGGUGAAGGCUACAGAAAGCAGUUGGAACAGAUUAAACUAAACUGUGUUAGUGCCAGAAAAAAAUGGCCAGUUCAAGAAGUGCCCCAGAAAAGCUGCUACAGAGAGGUAAAACGAUCAAGCCUUGAACAGCCUGGUCCUCCUGUUUCAAAAGGAUUAUCCCCACCAGAUGCUGUCUCCAAGAAGAGUGAUCCAUCAUAUCUCUGUGGAACACCAAGCACCACCAGUAAUGAUUACAUGGACUGUUUCAGAACGCCGGUUGUAAAGAACAACUUCCUACCAGGAUGUCACAUUUCUACUCCCUACAGCCAGCUCCCAUAUUUCCAAUCUCACACUCCAGUAACUCCAUUUCAAAAUCAAGAUGGUUUGCAGGUUCCAGUUGCUAUCCCUUCACAUGAAUGUCUUGCCAUCAAAGGAAAAGUUUAUACAAUAUUAAAGCAAAUAGGAAGUGGAGGCUCAAGUAAGGUGUUUCAAGUGCUGAAUGAGAAGAAGCAGCUCUACGCUGUCAAAUAUGUGAAUUUAGAGGAAGCUGAUCAACAGACUGUUGAGAGCUACAAGAAUGAAAUAGCUCAUUUGAGCAAACUGCAGCAGCACAGUGAUAAGAUCAUCCGCCUUUAUGGCUAUGAAAUUACUGAUCAUCAUAUCUACAUGGUGAUGGAGUGUGGAAACAUUGAUCUCAACAGCUGGCUCAAGAAGAAAAAACACAUCGAUCCAUUGGAACGGAAGAGCUAUUGGAAAAAUAUGCUGGAAGCUGUUCACACAAUCCAUGAAUAUGGCAUUAUUCACAGCGAUCUGAAACCAGCAAACUUUCUGAUAGUGGAUGGGAUGUUAAAACUAAUUGACUUUGGGAUUGCAAACCAAAUGCAGCCAGAUGUGACAAGCAUCAUUAAAGAUUCUCAGGUUGGCACAAUGAAUUAUAUGCCACCUGAAGCAAUAAAAGAUAUGUCUUCCUAUGGAGAAAAUGGGAAAUCUCGAUCUAAGAUAAGUCCCAAAAGUGAUGUAUGGUCAUUGGGAUGCAUUUUGUACUGUAUGACAUACGGAAGGACUCCGUUUCAACAUAUAACAAAUCCAAUUAAUAAACUACAUGCCAUCGUUGAUCCUAGUUAUGAAAUAGAAUUCCCAGAUAUUGCUGAGAAGGAUCUUCAGGAUGUGCUAAAGCGCUGUUUAAUAAGAAAUCCUAAACAAAGAAUAUCUGUUUCGGAGUUGCUGGUACAUCCCUAUGUUCAAAUUCAAAGUCAUUGUCAAACAGGUGUCCCAAAUGCAAAGGGAACAACAGAGGAAAUGAAGCGGAUCCUUGGCCAACUGGUUGGCUUGAAUUCUCCCAACUCUAUUUCUAGAGCUGCUCGGACUUUAUACGAACAGUGCAACAGCGGUAAAAGUCUUGAUGUAUCAGCAUUUGCAAAACUUGGAAGUCAAAAAUCAUGGACAACAAAGUGAUGUACUACUGCUCAGGAUGCAACACAGGUGUCUGCUCUGUUCCAAAAAUAUUUUUGUGCUGCUAGCUUUUAAAAGGACACUCAGCAUAAAGUUCACAUUUUAAAAUGUUCUGUAUGUCUUCCGAUAAUGCUUGCAGAUCAUAAAAAAAUAAUUCAGUGGAAUGCUUUUUCACUGGGGGCUGUUUCUGUCUUUGCAUGCCGUGUGGAUUGAACAAUAAAAAUUGCUCUUUGGUGGUUA